AUUAUGACAACAUUCCCAAGCGACAUUGCUCAGAAGGAGCCAAUCCCAUCAGAUCGCGUAGCGGUUGUUUUACCUCAGGAUAACUUCAUGCGUUAUCGUGAUAUGAACUUGCGUAAUCGCAGAAACGAUAGUUCCAAGAAUGGCGUUGCUCGAGUUGCUGACGCAAAUGAGGGUACUGGUACCCAGCGUGCGGUGGCUGGAUCGCGUAGUUGGGAGUGCAGGGUUGGACGUGAUUGA